AUGGCUAUGGCUGAGCAGCCACGGCCCAGGUGGGCCUCAUAUCACAACCCUAACACCAACAGCUGCCGGGACCUGGGCAACUCCAUCCUGCUGCUGCUGGGCCUUAUUAUUUGCAUUAACAUUGGCAUCAACAUGGUGACACUGCUCUGGCGCAGACUCCGUGGCUUCUUACACCAAGUGUUCCGUGUUAUUUGUGAGAAAGAAGCUUCUAAGUUACGCUCACCUGGGAAGCAGACCCAGCCCUCAAAGCAUAGCUCUCCAGCAGUCCACCUACGAUGCACCAUGGACCCCGUGAAGAUGACGGUGACCCCCCCACCCACUCGCCGCCGUCGCCAUCAAGGGUCUUCUUCGUGCCGUGCCCGCCGCCCAGUGGCCUGGGCCCCUGACACUGACGACGAUGACGACGAGAAGACCCCGCAUCAGCACACAGCGGCCUGCUCCCACAACUGGGACUACCUUGAGGAUUGGGAGGGUUUACAGACUGCCCAGAGGUUCUGGACUCCCUGGGCCCAGGACGCCUUGGAGCCUCCUACCCAGACCAUCCGCUUCCAGCAGACUAUAGAGGGAAGGCCCCUCAAGAGAGAGAUGCAGUCUGAUCUGGGCCUAGAGGCCUAUGUGUACCCUGUGAACCCCCCACUCCCCAGCACUCAGAUCCUGAGCCACAAGAACAGUGGAGCGGGGGCAGGGGCAGGGGCAGGGGCCCAGGCAGAACAGGAACAGGGUGCACCAGCUGAGCCGCCCAUCCUGGGCCCAGCCAAUGUCCCGGACAUCCCCCGGCGCCGCUCCUCAGGGCGCGUCGCCUACGAUGCCAGGGACGUGAGGCGGCGGCUGCGGGAGCUGACCAGGGAGGUGGAGGCCCUGUCGCACUGUUACCCUCUGGCCUCCGGAUCCAGCACAGCUGAGGGGACGAGAAAGGACUGGGUAUACCGUUCCCUGACAGAGAGGUGA